AUGGCAAAGGAUAGAUCUGAUCUAAAUAAAUUAAUCCUUUCCUUUAAAGAAGCUUUGCAGUAUUGGCAGACAUGCCUUGACGGCUCUAAUUCCUCGCUCUCGGAAGUAAAAGCUGCAGAAGUUACAAAUCCAUUAGAAGAGUUAGACAAGCUAGCAAAGCUAAUUAGAGCUCAUACGACAAAAGUUGGUAUUAUUUUCAAGCCUGAGACUCUUGUUAAAGGAACAGAUGCUGCAUUUAGUACAUUGCAAAAAUUAUCUGAAAGUUUAGUCUUAAUAAUCUCGCUUAUAAGUCAGUUGGAAAACAAAAUAAUAUCAACUAUGUUCUACAAAGAAAUCUUAAAUAGUGUUAGAUUGCUUAUAGAAUCCAAUAUCCAAUUUGCAGAUGAAUUGGUUACAGUGGAAGUAAAUUCUGGGGAAGAACCUCAAGAAGUUCCAGAGUCCAACGAUGAAGAUGAAAUUGAUGGGAGAUUAGUUUCGGUCGGGAAGAUAUGGUCAAAUUGUGAUACGUUAUCCAAACUAAUUAAAGACGGGGAAUUAGGUGUGUUAUCUAAAAAAAUAAAACAAAGCAUAAUUUUAAUAGAAGAUGGAUUAGAUGAAUUCGAAGAAUGGGCUGAGAACCCCGAUGAUUUCGAUAUGGACGAUGAUCCAUUUGGCUUUAGUGAUGACGAAAGUGAUGAGGCAGAAGUUCCUCCAACAAAUGGAACCGCAGAAGAAAAUGGAAACAAAGAAGAAAAAGAAAAAUUGAUUAAAUUUGCACAAUUGUGGUUAUCUAAAAUUAAGUUAAUUAAAUUAUUAUUAACAUCAGUUACUAGGUCUUUACCAUCAUUAACAUCUGGCGAUGUCAUCAACAAUAUAUAUGAAGUUCAACGCCUGCUUGUCAAUAAAAUAGAUACACUUAUUGUCGAUUUGAUGUUAAGCAAAGAAAUUGCCGAAGAAAUUGUAAUGAAUUCGAAGGAAAUUACUAAGAUGUGUAACACGCUAAUUAAAAUCGUCAAAGAUGUUAAUAAAUCAAAUGAAAAUAAAGUCAAAUGGUGUGUUGCGUGGGACUCUAAGUUUAAAGAAGGUUUAUAG